GGAGGAUGGUGGUCGGACCAAGCUGACGGCCAGGCUAGAAAGGCAUGCCGCCCAAAUACGACAGGAGAGCACAGACGCAGCGCACCGAAAGCCGGUCCAACCUAGUUGGCAAGUUCACGACAUCCGUAAAGAAGUUUGUCCAAGAUGUUGAGUUCGACCACACGCGCGAAGGCGCGGUCCAGACGAGUGAAAGGCUCUUCAUGGCCGAACAGAAGGUCAGCGAGUCCUAUCAGACGGUCAAGUGCGCCCUGAUCAAGCUGCAUGAACGUUACGAGGCCUCCAAGGCGGAGCGGAACAUCGUCCACCGCUACGCCCUCUUCAAGGCGAUGGUGAAGGAUGUGACCUGCCUGGACACGCAGUACUGGGUACUGCUGGACCUUCCCCGUCAGGAGAAGCAGGAACAGGUGAACGCGUACGUGCUGCGCGCCUGCGCCACGCUCGAGAAGGCGUCCGAGUCGAGGACGCAAGACGCCGCCGCCAGGGCCACCGCAGACGAGGAGGCCCGUGAACGCAAACAGAGGCUCGACGGUAUGACGGUGCAGGAGAUCGAGGAGGAGAACGCGCAAACCAUCAACGACCUAUACCGCCUGCUGAAGAAGUACAGCAACCUCCGGGGCAUCGUGCAUGGGCUGCAGAUUGCCUACACGGACGCUAAGGUGUACCCUUUCAUACCGCGCUACAACAUGCUCAAGGAUAUGAUCAAGUGCGUGCUCCGGGACCCGAGCUACAUGGAGGUCUGCCACGAAGACAUCUCCCGGACCUAGUGGCGCCUUGCUGCUGGUUGCAUCAGCCUAUCGCUGCUGCCGCGCUGUCGCUUCUGUAACCACAGCGCCGCGCGAAGCGGACCGCGGCACCGGACGCAGCGAGCGGCCACGACGCUCGCCACGCCGCAGGGCCGCUGUCGCGCUUCUGUGACGCACUCCCCGCCUUUCGGCCUAAAGGAAACGAUAGCCCCACGAGCUAUCACUAAGUCAGCACCUUUCUUUCCCCUCAAACUCGGCUCUAUAUUAACGCUUGCUGUUUGUUUUGCAAUCAACAUUGCCAAGGAACGCACGCGAAAAAAAGAAAACGACUCCCACAUAUGGCUGUCGCCUUAGCUUAGUGGUAUCUGGGCAUGCACUGAACGCACGCAGAGCGCGUGUCACUGCAUCGUUAGCCGUCGGUAACAUGACGUCAUUCAUGUCCGCACUACAAGCGCGCUGUCACCUUCGGUGACGCGUCAUGUCAGAGACACGGGCUCACUGCAACGCUCACGUGUGCGCACUUGCAGACUUAAUUGCUCGGCCGGCAAGCAACCGUUCCCAAACCACUUUUCUUUUGUUGCUGCAAACACGCUUGAUUCGCAGGUUCCUCUCCCCUUGCUUCUGUUAUCGCGGUAACGUCAUUAGCUUAGUGGCCGCGGCAACGAUGUAUACGAGCGGCGCCAGAUUUACCGGGUAUAGGUGUUGUCGACGUGCGUCCAUGUCGUUUCUCGGUGCAAAGGUGAAAAACUGCCUCGCGACCAAGGAGGCGCACACCUGAUUCGUCGCUACCGCGGUCAUUAAGACGCCCAUUAGAGACUGAGCAUGCCCCUCUCUCCGCUCCACCGCUCCCCCUCACCCCCUCCCAAGGAGCCGCCAUCUCGUUUUUUCCCCCCAUCGACGGCUUACCACCGCUCGGGUGUCGACGAGUCAGCCGACUGAACUCGGCGUCUGGAAAAACUUCCUCGCCUGUCUGUGAACUCACUUACUGCAUAUAUGGUGCCGCUUGACGUACACAUACGAACACGAAAACUCACUGUCGCUCCAGCGGUUCUCAGCAACGAUGAGCUUACGCGUCCUGUGUAAUGCGCGCAAAUUAACUUACUCGAGGGCCAAUUUUAGCGUACCUUGUGCACGCAACCAGUUUGCCACGGGCAUAUUCAACUUCGGUAUAGCCGUAUAUUGCACGCCGAUGAGGAGAGAGAAAACCCGAACGCGGAGACAAAAGAAUACGCGCCACGCGCAGAAGGCGACGCCGUGCGUCUUUUUUCCCCGCACCUCCCCCGCAGUUACACACGAGGUGUAGUUCGGCCUGCAUGCGUGGAGCCGUGCCCUGGGCGAACUGGUUGGAACGGCGUGCUCUCGGGAGUCGCGAAGCGACUGCGUUGUCUUGUCGCGCACACCUGCGCGAUGUUGCUUGACUGCCGCUGUAUGUUUCUGAGGGCAGGAUCCUUUUCUCCCGGGCUGCAUUUUCCUGUGCUCUGCGGGAAGACAGAAAAGGCGCGCUGACGUCUUGUAGAGACGCUACGGCGAGGCCAUGUGUACUAUAAGAACACGCGGCGUCACUGAGAGAGACAGACGUCGGCAACCUUCUGCAGAAGCGGGCCGGGUUCCCUCGACGGCGUCAGAUAGAGGCCGGGCGGUGAACCGAAUGCUCAUGAAAGAACAAAAACAAAAGGGUUUAGAUUUCAGCAUUCGCGUCCAGGUAGCAUGGGACAGACGCCAGAAAAUGGCAUUCCCUGCAUUCGGCUAAACGGUAGUCAAGAAAAAAAAGGAAAGAAAAAUGCCAGUUAUCCACGUAGCAGGACACUGCUACGCGACGUGCUGUUGGACAUGCUGGGCGUGUUGGAUUGUUGUGACGUGCUGUUAGGAUAUCAGUGAAGUUGGAACGUGUGCGAGCGAGAUUGGUGGAUGGAUAAUGCCAAAAGGGAACGACUCUGUUUAGAUCGCAAUUCGAAGCUAAUGGUGCAGUCAGCCAUUAGAUGGAAUAAGAGAGCGUACGGGGGGGAUGGAAUGGAGAACAUUUUUCUCGAGUUGUGUAGCAUGAGUGGAGCGACAGUGCCUGGAGGGAAAGAUCCGGCCAAGCCUGCAAGCCGCUGGUUGUCGACCUCUUUGCUAGGCCACCUAAACUGCGUUUGUUGUACAAAUUCGAACGUUCCAUACGAGUGAGUUCAUUUUUGGAACUGUAAGCGAUCUAGCUAGUUGCACUUUAUAGGCACGCGUGACUAAAUUUAUGGCACAUCAGGUUCUCAAAAGAAAAGCUCGUAGAACCGCGAUAGUCCCACACCUAUAAUUGUAGAGUGACGUCGGAUUGAAAUGGGUGCUCCAACCACGCGGAAACAUUUUACCUGCUAUAGUCUUAGCGACUAGCGUCUGUGCUGCCGCUGCUCUAGUUACCAGUACAACGCAAGAACAAGAAAUAUGUUUAGCUGUUUGCCGUUAGUCUACCGCAUUGGAUCCACUUUGAAUCGAUCAUGUAGAAGUCGCGUUGUUGGCAUUAGCUACACUGCAUAUAACGGGUUUGUUGUUGUUUUUCUUUCUCGAACGAUGUGUAUGUAUACGGUGCAGAGAGACGAAGAGCUGUUCUCGUUCCUCUCUAUAAAUGCUAUCUGUGUGUCGUGCAUACAUAUCACAAGGUGUCAACGAGCGCUGUUUUAAAAAGAAGAGCGCAGUUUGCAUGGCAUGCCUUGUCACGCUGUUUGUAUACAUACAUUGAUGUCUCCAUGUGAUACCGGGCUUACAAGGCUUCUUGUAACAUAUGUGUUCGCCGGUGUGCCGGAUUGUGAUUUUUGUAAUUGUUGCACGUUGAACUAGGGACAUGGCUGAGCAACCCCUUGGGCCGCCGCGUAUAUUAUGGCACAUGCAAGGCGCGCGCGCACCUCUGGCCACUUGGGCCUUGCGAAACACACGAAGAGGCGGAAACAGAACAUGACAUACUUUAACACACACCACACACUGCGGUACCACAUCCCCUCGUUGUUCUGCACUCGACAGAAUUCACUAUUACCAGGUGCUCUUAUUUUCUGUUGCUGUUGUUGGUUUCGCCGUUCUUUCCUCAAAGGUCAGCAAGCCCAGAACGCAGGCAUCUUCGUUGGUUCACUAUUAAAGGGCCCUUCACCAGGUUUGACCAUUUUGAGGUGACAAGCGCAGUGCAUACAAUGUGCGCUAACGAUCGUGUCUGCUAAGUAUUACAUCCCUACACGCCGCGGAAAGAGCCUAAAUUUCAAACCAGACGACGUUUGCCCUUUCUCAUCGCGUGCGCCGCGCUCCCAGCCAGAGAGUCAACGUCAAUCGCGCAAGUGCGCCUACGUACAUGGCCGUGCUGUGACGUCACUCGUAGGGACACGUGAUUUCGAUAAUUAUUCAAGGCAGCAUCAGUUAUUUGUUUAAUCUGUUGCUUCAAUAGAUGAAUUAAAGUUGAGAUACAUAACAAAACAUACAAACAUUACCUCUGCGUGUUUUUGUCUUCGUACCGUAGCAAGAAAGAUGUACAUUCGACCGAUUCUUUAACAGUACCGCUCGAGCAUCCACUAGCCGGCCGGUCAGCGCCUUUUAACGGCGCGAGGCGAUGAGAUCGUCGAGGACUUGUUGAUCUCUUGCGGCUCUCUCUUGCUCGUGCUGAUAUCGUCGCUUCGCGCCGUUAGAUGGCGUUCAUCGGCCGGCCGAUCGAGGCUCGCGCGGUACUGUUAAACAAUCGGCCGACUUCCGUUUCGUCUGAUUGUUCUCACUUCGUGCAGUAGCGCACAGGGGACGAAAUUGUCUUUUUUUUUCCGUGUUACAGCGCCGCAGUCGUGCUCUUUCAUCCUCUUGCGUCUGCUCAGUGUUCGUGAUUGUGACACUGACUUGUACCGCUAAUCAGGUGUUCUCGUGCAGCGCGCGCGAAACGAGGCAAACAGCUCGCGCGCGAAACCGUCGCUGGAAGUGCGCCACUCAGUAAAAGCGCGCGCGAGAGAGAGAAAGAAAAAAAUGAGCGACCAGUGACGCAUUCGUCACGCGACCCUCCGGUUUCGGUAUGGGAGAACGCAGGGAGGGAAUUUCGCUUGCGGAGGCUAGACGGGGAUAGUGGAGAGAGUGUCUAUGAUGGGGGUGACGCUCGCCUCCUGAAAUCAUGGGUGCGCGGCACUUCAAAUAUUUCUGUCUCUGCUAUUAAUGAACUAAUCUGAAAAAUUGUUGCUGUGGAACACCCAUUAGAGAUCGCGUAACGACUUCCAGCGCAUAACCAAAAUUUUCGAUGUGGCCUGGUGAGGGGUCCCUCAAGGCAUGCUGCUUGUUUAGACAUCGAGUUGUUUUAAAUUAAAAAAAUAAGAUUUAUCGCUGCAAGCAAUUCAGUGGAAGUCAGUGCAUCGCGCUUUGCGAGGAUUUUCAUAGGAACGUUAUGCUUUAAGGCGUAAUUUUGGCGCAGUUGGAAACGUGAAUAUGAGCGGUGGUGCUGGAAUUUUUUCUUCGAGGCUUAUUGUGCACGCGCUGAGUGUAAAUAUACACACACGUUCGCAACCCCCGUCAGUCCAAAAUACAACACAUACAUUGAAAUGCUGCCUUAAUAUUCUUUCCUUUUCGAUGACAUUCCUAGUCUUGAUUUUGACAAAAAGCUUGAACGUUAUUUUCUUACUCUCACAGCUAUGGGCUACAGGUGCUGUGACUUUCUACGUCUUCACCGUUCCGAUGCAGUGGUCUUCGCCAGCGAUGUGGACGGCCUUCACUUAUAUGAACGUCUCUGUAGAGCUUUCUUGGGGGAACACCGAAAAGAGAGAGACGCACCUCGGCCAACGAAACGCGAGGCGGAACCGACGGGAACCGGAGAGUCCGCGCAGUCUAGAUUGACUCAGCAGUGGUCCGGACAACGCAGAACCGAGUUUUGCCCCCCGCUCUCGGAGUCACCGGCUCACGUAAUUCGAUUGAGACUCAAUCGACAAGAUGGCCGGUUAUUUUUUUCUCCAACCCUCUUCGAUCGGUGCCUCAACAGACUGCCGUCAUGAACGACGUACGCGAAAGAGGUGAGGCGGAGUGGGAGGGCACCUUGU